CCUCUUUCAGAAGUAAGCAUUUUUUCCUACUGCUUUCUUUUGUGGAUAAACAUGUGUGUCAUAGAACUCUUACAAUCUGUAUUUACUGUUUACAGUGCACACCUAUAACCAUUGAUGUUGGCAGGUUGCUGAAUGAUGAGUUUUACACUGGGCUUACAGGUUUAAUGUUUUUUUUUUCCUUCAUCUCUAUCGUCUUUUUUGUUUGACAGCAUGGAAAUAUGUGAUUUUUGGAAACUAAGGUGGUCUGCAGAGCUUUGUGAGGAAUUCAUGACUGCAGAUGAAUUAUGGGGAGAAAGUUCUAGUUCAGUUUGAAGAUUAUGCAAACCACAAUGCUUUUGAACUGCUGUCCAAAUACAGUUCAAGUCACCUUGUCUUAAAUGAUGAUAUGCAGGGAACAGCAUCUUCUUGGGGAUUGGUCGAAUGGAUGUAGUAUGUUUUGGAUUGGAUUUUAUACUCGGACUGAUUCUUGCAGGGCUGCUCAGUUGCGGGACGCCUUUUGCGAGACAAAACGGGACAAACCGCUCACAGCCAUUAGAUUCUAAAUGA